AUGGCCAUGGACAUGUCUGUCUAUACAGCUAUGGGCGAUGAGGAUAUCGCCCUCGCCUUUCGAUUAAUGCAGGAAGAUGCCGAGCAAUUCAUGUCUACUACUACUAGAAAGGGAAAACAAGUCGAGGGAUCCGAGACGGAUGCUCAGAUUGCUUUUAACCUUCUUCUUGAAGAACUGCAAGCUGCAGAGACCUGUCUUAGUGAUGAAAGAAUGACUAGAAGCAUGUUGAGAGCAAUUCAGUCUGACGGCGCUGUUCUUUCCCAGGCCCACGAUGAAGAAAAUGCUGCCCAGGCUGACCAUGAAAUGUCACUCGCUUUAAGCAAUGGUCAAGAUGAGGCCUUAGCUCAGCGAGCUACCCCUGAAACCAUGAGCAGCGAUGAAGAAUUCCUUGAGAAGCUCUCGGUCAUCUACAAUACCGGCUUUGAUCAUCCUAUGAAUGGCACUGACGAUUACGACGACGAUGAUGAUACAGCCACCAUCAACCAGCCGGAGAGUUCCUCAUGGGCUGCUUCACGCCAACCUAGUAGACCACCAAGGACUUGCGACGCUUGUGGAGACCAAAAGCACUUCGCUGAGCUAGCUCGCGCUCCCUGCCGCCAUGAAUAUUGUCGCGAGUGUCUCACACGUCUCUUCCGGGAUGCUUCAAACGAUGAAUCCCUCUUUCCUCCACGAUGCUGCAGACAAUCCAUCCCAUUAGUUAAGAAUCAGGUAUUUAUUGAUAGCGACGUAGUCCAGCACUUCCGCCAAAAGGCCCUUGAGUUUUCUACGCCUCGUCGAACAUACUGCCAUAACCAGGCUUGCGCCCGAUUUAUUCCGGCAACCAAUUACCGAGACGAUAUAGCGACAUGUGACGAAUGCGAGUAUCAAACUUGCAUGACUUGUAAGGGUGCUACCCAUAACGGCGAUUGCCCAAAUGACGAACAGCUUCAACAAGUCUUCCAACUGGCUACCGAACAACACUGGCAGCGUUGCCAAAACUGCUGGGCGAUGGUCGAGUUGAACACUGGAUGCAAUCACAUGACCUGUCGAUGCGGUUUCGGAUUUUGCUACGUCUGUGGUGGUCGCUGGAAGACUUGCCAGUGCGAACACUGGGAUGAACAUCGUCUGUACGCACGUGCUGUACAGAUUGAUGCCCGUGGCCAAGAUGAGGAUGCCCCGGAUGAUGUGCUAGCUCGUGGAAAUUUGAUGCCUCUUCGACUACAUCCAAAUGGUCGGCUACCCUUUAACGGACCGGUUGCUAAUCAUCAGCACCAAGCUCAUCAACAAGUUCAGCAACAGCAGGCUCAGCAGCAGGCUCAACAACAGGCUCAGCAGCAGCUUCAGCAGGCCUUGAAUCAAGAACGUCGUCAACAGGAGAUAUUACCUGAAUUUGAGGAUGAGAGUGAAGAUGAGAGUGAAGGUGAAAUCGAAGAGGAGGCUGAGCCCUUGACCUCCUUCAUCGGACGCGAAUCCAGCAACUCAUGGAAGAUCUCAGACAUAACCACGAGUGUCAACAUGAUCGAUGGUUUUCUAAGAGAGGGCCCCGCGAAUGCGAAGAAUGUGGUGACGUCAUGCCCAUAUUCAUCUACGAAUGUCGACAAUGUCAUACUAUGGCUUGCCGUCGUUGCCGGUAUCACCGGUUGUAAAGACCAAGGAUGGCAUGUUCGUGAAAGCAGCAGUCUCAUUAAUACUUUUGAGCUGUGGCCUGUUAUUCAGAGGGAUACCAGUUAA